AUGGCUAAUAGAAACCAAGAUGCAGACGAAGUAAUCCAUAGGGUUAGGCAAAACAACCAGAUGGAGACUAAUUUGACCACUAUGAUAGAAAGGAUCAUGGCCCAGAACGGUUUGAACACCGAACUUCGAAGGCCAAAUUAUACCUCCCCUUUGUCAGAUUAUGUCUUACAGACUGAAUUACCAAGGGGUUGCAAAGUCCCUAAAUUUACCAAGUUCUUAGGAGAUACUAGUGAAUCCACUACGGAACACAUAGCCAGAUACAUGACAGAGGCUGGAGAUUUGGCAAACAAUGAGGACCUGAGAAUGAAAUAUUUCCCCAGUUCUUUAACCAAGAAUGCUUUCACAUGGUUUACAACUCUGCCACCAAGUUCUAUAGAUACUUGGUCUCAUUUAAAGAGAAUAUUCCAUGAGCAAUUCUAUAUGGGCCAAACCAAGAUAAGUCUUAAGGAAUUGGCCAGUAUUAAAAGGAAUUUUACUAAACCCAUAGAUAACUAUCUGAAUAGGUUCCGUUUGUUAAAGUCUAGGUGCUUCACAGUGGUGCCCGAACACGAACUAGUCGAAAUGGCCGCUGGAGGUUUAGAUUACUCUAUUAGGAAAAAUUAG